ACAAUUAUACGGGGGGGGUACUCUAGGUUUGGUCUAUUCCAGAGCUCGGAGCCCUUCCCCGGGCAGCACACCAAAUACACAUUAUCAUACUUCAGCUAAUUAUAUGUAAGCGUGAACUCGUGAAACAUCCAAGUUGGCUGAAGUGUCUGAUUUUAUUAUUACAUUGACAUUCUCAUGUUCUUUGUUCAGGUAACUUUGGUCUUGCAAAAUCUGACUGUUUCUCAAACUUCUUCAGUCUGUUGAAAUAUUUAUGUGACUACAUGAAACCCUUUUCAGCCAAAAAUUCAUACCUGGUCCAAAAGAAGAAUCUGAGCUCCUUUUGAAGACUGUAGCACUGAUAUGUUGGGGAUGUGUAAUACUUCAUACUAUCUGCUGAUAUGUGACCAGUUAGGUUUAUUGCACUACAAUGUGAAGCUCUUGUACUUUGUCCAACAUCUGUUCUGACCUCAAAAUGACUAUCUUGACUGUGUAUCAUUAUUUUGUUGAAGAUAUUUUUUGCUAAACUGUAAACCGACCUUUUGUUAACAGUGAAUUAUAGUUUAUAUGACAACUUGACUUAACAUUUAACACCUAUAGUAUGUUCUUUUGAAUAUACUGUCCUUUGAUCAUUUAUAUGUUAUCUCAAAAGGAAAUUAUUAUUUUUAAAUCUACAGAAAUUACUUUAAAAUUGUCAAUGACAAAAUAUGAAGUAUAUUAACAAAUUAAAAACAUAAUAUAAUUAAAUAUAAAACACUGUUUGACAGUCCUGGUAAACCUAUGCAGUGUUGGUUUUCUAGCAAGGACGCAUGGGUGGUUUGUUCAAGUACCUAUGCAGACAAUAUGGUAAAUACAGGUAAAGUGGGACACUUAGGUUUUUGUAUUACAUGUUUUUAUAUUUUUAUUCUGUAUAGUGUAAAAGAAAUCUUUUGCUUAUACCAAUGUUUAUUGCAAAUUAUCGAAGUGUCCUGCUUUACAGUGCAUCGAUGCAAUAAUGAAGGUUUUACUUUUUUGUUGCUUUAUCUUGCAAAAGUCAAAUAAAUGAUUCAGAUUGUUGAUGUGUUUUGUCUGUUUAGACUAGAAGUUUAGCAAAAGGGUUGUGCAAGAUGAAACUUAAGACAUCAUUUGGCAGAUUUUUGUUUAAAAUGAAUGACUUGAGUUUUCCUUUAGAGGGCGCUUGUCGACUCGGACACUGCGGGAGACAUAUGAGCACUAAAAUCUAUACUGUUGUAAAUGUAGUAGUAUUUUCCAAAUAAUAUAAAAGAUCUGUUAUCUUGCACAGUGAUUAUUACUUAUUAAAAAGUGAAACGUAAUUCAUUUUCAUUAACUGGUUUUAAAGAUUAUCAUCUAGUAAUCAGAAAUGAAUGCGAUUAGUCUCUGUUUACCAGCGCUGAGAAAAGUAACAGGUCCCACCUGACAACCUCGUCCUUAUAAAUUAUUUUAGUAAAGUUAUUGAAAGUAAUUUUAACCUGAAUAAUAACACUGGGAAUAUGUAUAGACAUUUAAAACGAGAGAAAAAAAAACUGUGAAUAGCUAAAAUAUUAAAAUUAUAAUUUAGACUAAUUUUACCUGGGCCAGUAAGCCCCGCCCACUUCUUUAGAUUGGAUGUGAUGUGAAUUGAAUUCUUCGAAUGUUAGAGUAGAAAGUAACCAAGUACAACUUUUUCUGUAAAUUCCCCAUAACAAUCAUAAUCUCAUGACCAUUUCUCCUAACAAUGUCUCCCUGUGUCCCAUUAAGAUGUAUGUAAAACAGCUCGCUUUGUGUUUGUGCUUCGGCCUGAGGCCUGAGUGAGUGUUACGCAUCUGAAGGAAUGAGAAAGCGCUUUCAGGCCUGAUCAUGAGUGCAGGAGGCUGAGGCAGGGUUCAGAGAUGAUCCGCUUCUCAUGACCACAAACCCUCUCAAUCCCACCAGCAACAUGGAUGAUGGUUUCAGGGCGCGCACCAACACGCUGUUCGGAGAGACUUUAACUCGGCAUACAGUUGUUAAUGUGGCUAUUGGUGGACUCACAUCUCUGUUUGUCCUAGUAACUGUCAUCAGUUCGUUUGUCUUCCCUACACCUCCUCCAACAGCAUUAAAUAUUUUCUUUGUGGUCUGCAUCAUCAUGAUCUGUUCUUCUGUAUUGGUGCUGAUAUUCUGGUAUCGUCAAGGUGAUCUGGAUCCAAAGUUUCGUGGUCUGAUUUAUUAUUCUAUAGGUCUCAUUAUCCUCCUCUGUCUGUGUGCCAAUCUGUACUUCCAUGAUGUCGGAAGAUGACAUGAUUCAGACACACCACUUGACCUUCAUAAUUCUGUCAAGCACAAUAAAAAGUGAUUUAUUUGUCAGAAGUGAGCCACAAAGUUUCGAUUAUGUGUGCAUAGGUGAUUAGAUGCUUGUUCAAAUCUGUUAAUAUUUGGAAAGUGUACUUUUUGUAUUUUUUUUUUUUUGUCAAAGCUGAAUAAUUAUAUGAUGAAUAUUUUGUACAUUAUUUUCUGUUGCUGUCAAGAGUCAGUCAUGCUAAAUAAAGCAGCAUUUUCAGUUAGUUAGUUAUUAAAUAUUGUGAUUUAUGUUCUGUGAACAAUACUGGUGCCAAAGGUCUGAAAACUGGCAAUAAAUAAAAUACAUGCA